CAAAAGGAAUUGAUCGUUCGUAAACAAUUUAUUGUCAAAAACGUGAACUUAAUUUUUACCUUAAAAGGUCAUGUUGUAGUAUGUGUUACUCUGCGGGUAAAUUACCAAAGAGGUUAGUACUGAUAAAAAAUCGUGUUACGUGUGUUUGUAAGGUAUAUGAAUUGUUUGAAGCCUAUAAUUAGGGGCCCUGCAACCUGUCAGGAAUUGAAAAUCUCGGCAGGUUUUUUUCCCUUAAUGCCGUCUUUACAAAUAAUUAUAUGAGUGGAAUCACUUGAACUGAUCCAUGCUUCGCGACACACAUUUAAACAGAAGGUAUGAAUAUUCAAGACACGGCAAUCAGAAAUAAUUUUAAGUUAUGAUCCUUAAAUUUGACACCCGCGAACGCACAUGGAGUGUCAGUUUGCGUGGAUUGAAGAUUUGUUUUGAACGUGAUUCGGCGGAAUUAACUGGUUUGCGUGUGUCACUAGCGAAACAUGAUCUCGUUCUCGUGGUAGAAGGAACCGAACUCGAAAUACAAAAUAAGCUUGGUAGUGGAGCUUUUGGCGUGGUCUUCAAAGCAAGGGACCUACUUGCGAGUGAAUCUGUCUUUUACGCGUUGAAAGAUGUGGUGUGUUCAAAUUCGGCUUCAAUUGGCAAAGCAAUCAGCGAAGUGGAAACCCUUCGCCGUGUGAAGCACGAUUUUAUUGUAAAAAUUAUAGCUGCCGACCAGUAUGAAGACUCACGCGGAGGAUUUCACGUGCUGAUCUUAACGGAAUACUGUUCAGGUGGGAAUUUAAACGACAGAUUGUCUCAACCGAGCAGCGAGGAGAAAACUCUUAAAUGGUUGAGCCAGAUAGCAAGUGCGCUGAGCUAUUUACACUCGCUACAGAUCGUCCAUCGUGAUGUGAAACCAGACAACGUAAUGCUGACGGAUUCUACAAGAGAGGACUUAAAACUUGGUGAUUUUGGUUUAGCCAGAGAGUUUCUUGCGUUGAAAAAAGUAGAAACACUGUCGGCUUCAAACUGCGGGUUGGCGCAAUAUUACAUGCAGUCAGGUACAGGCCCUGCUCAUUGGAUGGCCCCCGAGGUUUUCACUUGUCACUACACGGAGAAAGCAGACAUCUUUUCCCUUGGUGUGCUAUUCAACGCAAUCAUUGUACGAGACUUCGCUUACUCGGCUAACGAGAGGCGAUGGUACGGCGCAUUCGUGAAGGUUUCCGGUGGAGUGAAACUUGGCCUCGGGUAUGCGAUGGCAAUACUCGGCCCAGCAGCCAUGACCGAGUUCGUUCACGAUCACAAGCUGGGUGAGGAGAACGGAUUUCGAGGAUUGAUAAUAGAUACUUUGAAUUUUGUCCCGCAAGAAAGACCCAGAGCCGAAGAAAUUUACUACAGAAUUGAGGAAAUCGCCACAAAUAUCCGCCUGCAAUGGUCAGAUGAGGAACAUAUCCAAAACAAGCGUUCAAGAAGAAGGAAAGUGCGUAGGCCGAGAAUAAGUAACAAAUGCUCUAUUAAUUAGAACUGUUCAAUUAAUUGGGUCAAGAGGCUGAAAUUGCGGUAUAUGUACGAUCGGAUAGAUGAUUUAUGGAGUAAACUGUAAGCGGAAUAAUUUCUUUAAUGAUUAUAGAUAGGUAGUACAAAACUGUGCGCUGAUAUAAUGAUUGGACGUGAACAUACACUGGUUUUAAAUUUGUUCUCAGGAAAAGACCUCAUCACUAGUGUAAUCACUAGGGGCCCAUACAAUCUGUUUGUGUAGCCGAUUGUUAUUCUAUAGUUAAUGUACCAGAUUUACCAUUUGCCUCACCUACAGCGAUAUAUUGCUGACUGUGUAGAUAAAUCAAUGAUAACUAAACGUUGAAUUACGUUACCUGUGGUGUAUAGUCGUCCUUUUGCCUCA